GGCUCUCUGAUUGGUUGAUUUUUCUAUCCUACGUGGACACCCUCUCCAUGGCUUAUAUUUGCCUUUUAGUAUAGUAUAGAUUUUAAUUUUGAGUUUCACUAAAAAUGUCAAGCUUAUUGUUGAUAACAAAAGCACCUCAAACUAGUUGGGAAUCCUGUGCAAUUUUCUUUAUUUCUCUACUCUCCUCUUUCGAUCAUCAUUCACAUGACGCAACACAAAAAAUUUCUCUACUUUUUUCCUUCACAAGGUUAUUAUAUAAAGUAUGUAAAAAAGAAACAAAACAAAAACAAAAUAUUGAGAGCUGCGAAUUCGGCCGCCAUCUAAGCAAAAACACAACAAAAAGCAUGAUUGUUGUGUCAGGAGAGAGGGGCAUGUCCCACUUCUCUUUCUCUCCCUAGCUUUUGUGGCUCUAUAUAAGAGACACUAUCUUCAUUUUGUUCUCUUUGUCCCUACAACUUCCAUACAAGUAUUCUCUCUCCCUACAAAACAUAUAAACCCACUUUCACUGCUUCGUUCGGUUCCAACACUCUAACCUAAAGGGCAAGAUUUAUCGAAAUGGAGAAGCUGAACUCGAAGCUGUACGUGCAAAACUGUUAUAUAAUCAAGGAGAACGAAAGGUUGAGGAAGAAAGCUCAGAUUCUGAACCAGGAGAAUCAACAACUUCUCUUGGAACUCAAACAGAAGCUCUCCAAAACCAAGAACCCUAAUGGAUCCAAUCAAGGAAGCAACAACAGCCUAUCUACAUCAAGCUCUGCUUCUGGGCAAUCAUGAUGCAACAAAUCUCUUAGGACAAUAUUUGGAUUUGGAGAAUGAAACAUCAUCAUAACCCUGCUUAUUUAAAAGAACCCAUCUUUUUAUCUUCUUUUUUUCUUGAUGUAGUGGUCUAAUGUAAGAAAAUAGUUAAGAAUUUGGAGAAGUGGUUAGUAGUUGUAGUAGUUGUAGUAGUAUUAUCACUUUGACAAAAGUAUUAUUAUUAAUUAUCAAGUAGUUUUCUUGUUGUUUUAUCUUGUUUAUAAAAUUGUGGGUUCUUCUAAUUUCUUAACUACAAAAAGGACAUAAGCAAUGUGUCUCUCUGUCUAUCUUCUCAGGGAUAUUUUACUUUUGUUUCCAUUUACAUGCUAAAUAUAUUUUCUUUCUUGCCUUUUCAUGUGGAGUUUGGUUUUUUAGGAUUUGGUUGAUUCUGGGACUACAUUGUACCUUCUGCACUUCUCUUAAACAACCACUAUCUUUAUAGCUUCUAUAUCCCUUUUAUUAUUCUACAUUUUCCUUUGUUUAUGUUUUGAAAAAAAAAAUCUACUACUCUAUAAUAGUAUAGUUUUAUUUCCUGUCAUAGUUAUGUUAGUUAAGAGAUUUACGAUCUCAGCUAGUAUUAUUUUCAAGGUAAUAAGCGAAAUUAUAUGCUUAACUACUAUUGAUAAUAAAUUUAUAAGUGGAUAGUAUUGGCGAUGAUGUAAGAGGACACAAGAAAAGGUGUGUACUCAAACAUACCUAAACUAAUCUCCAUUAAUUUUACUUUUUUUAACAAUAUCUGUUAAAUACAACUUAUGGACCACAAACAUCUGUUAAAACACGAAUAA